AUGUCGCUGCGUAAGCGGCUACAACGGCAAUUGGAAUUUUAUAUGAGCGAGAGCAACAUUCGCCAGGACACUUUCUUACGGCAUGAGAUGGAUGAUGACGGCUUCGUACCAGUGCAUGUCUUCUUGACCUUCAAUAAGUUAAAGGUGCUGAAGGCUACAGAGCGUAUGAUAUUAGACGAAGCCGAGAAAUCAUCGUUACUUCGAGCCGAUCGCGUGCGCUGCUGCAUCGCCCCCAAAACACUGCCGCUGUUUGGUCAGAUGGACGACGUUGAUGCCCGCACUUUGUAUUUCGACAAUUUUAGCGCAUUGGAUAAUCACGAAUCACUACGCCAAACCUUUGCUAGGUUUGGCAAGGUGAACUUGAAUAUUCCGAAAAGAGUAUUGCUGACAAAGCAGUGA